GAUAGUGAGUAGGAAUAGUGAAGAUGGUGUUGCAAGUGCGUCAGAACUACCACAAGGACUGUGAGGAUGCUGUUAACGAGCAGAUCAACCUGGAGCUCUAUUCCUCCUAUGUUUACUUCUCUGUGAUGAGCCUUGUGGAUUUGUUUUGGAAUUCAAGUGGUGGCCACUUUAUAUUAAGGAUUUCUUACUUUGACCGGGAUGAUGUUGCCCUGCGUCAUUUUGCUGAGUUCUUCAAUGAGCAGUCUCAUGAGGAAUGGGAACACGCUGAGAAACUGAUGGCAUUCCAGAAUAAACGUGGAGGCCGAGUCCUCCUGCAGGACAUCAAGAAGCCAGAGCAGGAUGAUUGGGGCAAUGGUCUGGAGGCAAUGCAGAGAGCUCUGCAGAUGGAGAAGGAUGUGAACCAGAGUCUGCUGGAUCUGCACAAACUUGCCUCUGGCAACAUGGACCCUCAUCUGUGUGACUUCCUGGAGAGGCACUACUUGGAUGAGCAAGUGAAGAUGAUCAAGAAGCUGGGAGAUCACAUCACCAACCUGAAGAGACUGGGAGCCCCUGAUAAUGGCAUGGGAGAGUACCUGUUUGACAGGCUCACCCUGGGGGGAGAGCGACUGAACUGACUGCCGGGAGCAAGCCUUGUAACUUCUGCCAUAAAUGGGAGAUAUCUGUACUUGAUGGUUUUCUGCUCGUAAAAACAGAUGAGACCAAUUUCUAUUGUGUAAUUUUGAAACUGUCAAUAAACUGCCCAGUACUGUAUUUUCCCAUUAGUUUGUAUGGAAGCACUACUUGCAAAAGGUCACAUAGACCAUGACAAGCAACUUCAAUGUGGUAAUUACAGCAAGGUGUGUGGGUUUUUUGUACUCCCUUCCCUUUUUGAAAUACUUGUCACCAGACCACCUGCCUUGCCUAUUACCUGCUGAGUUUGGGUG